AUGGGUCUAACAACUGCUGCCUUCGCAGCUCCUGCUAUCUCCCUCCGCCGAUCAGACCGUUUAAGAAAGUAUCCGCCGCUUACGCCGAAAAUGGCGUCUCUCCAGAAGGACGAUGUCCAAGACACAUGGACUUAUUUGGAAAAUGGAAUCAACAGCGUAAUGCUCAAGUUGGAGGAAGGCGUUGAUAUGAAGACAUACAUGGGCCUAUACACGGCGGUCCAUAACUUUUGCACAUCACAAAAAGCCGUUGGUAGUACUGGGGGACUCCAGGCCCUUAGAGGCGCUCAUCUCCUCGGCGAAGAACUCUACAACCUCUUGGGACAAUAUUUAUCGAGACAUUUAGAAAAUGUGUAUCAAGCGUCCGAAACGCACACUGAAGAAGCUUUGCUUGGUUUCUAUAUUCGGGAGUGGGAUCGCUAUACAACAGCCGCCAAAUAUGUGAACCAUUUGUUUCGCUACUUGAAUCGACACUGGGUCAAGCGUGAAAUCGAUGAAGGAAAGAAAAACAUCUACGAUGUGUAUACCCUUCAUCUCGUGAAAUGGCGGGAGGACUUUUUCAAGAGGGKUCAAGAGAAGGUCAUGGCUGCGGKGCUCAACCUUGUUGAGAAACAGCGCAAUGGCGAGACGAUCGAACAAUCACAAAUUAAGAGCAUAGUGGACUCAUUUGUGUCACUGGGUCUGGACGAGAACGACAGCACCAAAUCAACCCUCGAGGUUUAUCGAUUCUACUUUGAGCGACCUUUCAUAGACGCCACCCGUGUCUACUAUGAGAACGAAUCCCGUCAGUUUGUCUCCGAAAACAGUGUCGUUGAGUAUAUGAAAAAGGCAGAAAGUCGACUUGAUGAAGAAAAGGCACGUGUUGGUUUGUACCUGCAUCCGGACAUCACGAAGCGAUUAACAGAGACAUGCUUGGAUGUUUUGGUCUCCGCUCACUCUAGUCUUCUUCGCGACGAAUUCCAAGUUCUCCUGGACAACGACCGACAAGAUGAUCUGGCUCGUAUGUACCAUUUGCUAUCGAGAAUCAAGGAUGGUCUUGAUCCACUCCGUGCCAAAUUCGAGAAACACGUUCGCAAUUCAGGAACUUCUGCCGUUGAGAAGGUUGCUUCUGAAGGAGAGUCCUUUGAGCCGAAGAUGUACGUCGAUGCUUUAUUGCAAGUGCACUCUCGCUAUCAGACACUGGUCAACGCUGCUUUUGCGGGCGAGUCCGAGUUUGUUAGGUCCUUGGAUAAUGCAUGCCGUGAAUUCGUCAACCGCAACUCUAUCUGCAAGACUGGUUCAUCCAAGUCGCCCGAGUUACUGGCACGCUACACAGAUUCAUUGCUGAAGAAGGGAUCCAGGGCCACUGAAGAGUCGGAGUUGGAGGAAAUGCUCACUCAGAUUAUGACCGUUUUCAAAUACAUUGAAGAUAAAGAUGUCUUUCAGAAAUUCUACUCGAAAGCUCUUGCAAAGCGUCUUGUCCACGUCAGCUCUGUUUCGGACGAUGCCGAGACCAGCAUGAUCAGCAAGCUAAAAGAAGCAUGUGGUUUCGAAUAUACCAACAAGUUGCAGCGCAUGUUCCAGGAUAUUCAAAUUUCCAAGGAUCUCAAUGCUAGUUAUCGGGAUUGGCAAGAAAAGAUUCAUGACGAAGAGGACCGGAAGAAGAUGGUGGAUCCUCACUUUCAGAUUCUGGGUACAGGUUUCUGGCCUCUAAAUGCACCCUCAACGGAGUUCAUUCCUCCAACAGAAAUCGUCAAGACGGCUGAGCGAUUUCAACAUUUCUACUUUGACAAACACAGCGGCCGUAAGUUGACAUGGCUAUGGCAGCUUUGCAAAGGUGAAAUGAAGGCCAAUUAUAUCAAAAACACUAAGGUUCCCUAUACAUUCCAAGUGUCGACGUUUCAAAUGGGAAUCUUACUUCUCUAUAACGAGCACGACUCUCUCGAUUUUGACGAGAUCCAAAAGGCUACCAAGCUCGCUAACGAGGUACUGGAGCCAAAUAUCAGCCUAUUAUUGAAGGCGAAAGUAUUACUCGCCAGCCCCGAAGGUUCAAAGCCAGCACCGGGAGUCUCUUUCACACUCAACCAUAACUUCAAGGCCAAGAAAGUCAAGGUCAACCUCAACCUGCAAAUCAAGUCGGAGCAGAAGAUCGAAGCCGACGACACACACAAGACGAUUGAGGAGGAUCGUAAGCUACUCCUUCAGUCCGCAAUCGUCCGAAUCAUGAAAUCACGCAAGAAGAUGAAACACGUCCAACUCGUACAGGAAGUCAUUCAACAAGUCAAGGCCCGCUUCCCACCCAAAGUCCCCGAUAUCAAGAAGAACAUCGAAGCUCUCAUGGAGAAGGAUUACAUCGAGCGCUUGGACAAUGAUGAACUGGCCUACAUUGCAUAA